GCAUGAUGCCAAAUUCUGGGAUGCCAAAUUCUGGGAUGCCUCAGUUUCAGCAGCCGACAUCAGGAAUACAGAUGAUGCCAAUGAUGAAUACAGGGAUGAUGAUGCCACCUGGUGGUCGUAUGAUGCCCCCACAACAGAUGAUGUUUCCAGUACAGCCAAUGGGUAUGCGACCCCCAGAUGGUCCACGUAUUGCGCCUCCUGCUUACACACAAAAAAUGGCAGACAACUUCAGACAAAGGACACCUGGGCAUCAGUUACCUGGCCAGGCAAGCAGACCUAACACAAUGUCAGCAGAACAACUACGACAACUAGAGGAAAAACAACGCAAGGAAAAACAAUUCCUAGCCCAAAAACAGAAACUGCAAGCAUUUGGUCGACCAGUUCCAGUGGACACUGAUAAGUUCUCUAAGGGACUUAUGGAGUCCAUGUUUGGCAAAGUGGACAAACCAAAACCAAAGAAAGACAUCACUGCAAAGAAAGAAGAACCAGAAGAUGAUGGGUUUGGGGACUUCAUGGCAGGUCCAUGUACAAAUACCCCAACGGUGGAGACAUCAAUUCCAGACCAACAAAGUGUCCCCCAGUCAGUGCCUGAACCAUUCAGUGCUGGAAACCAAACCAAAAAUCUACCCAAGGAAGAGAAAAAAGAUUUGAUGUCCAUGAUGAUGGAGUGUUCAGACCUAACAGCACCUAACAAGGCAAAAACCUUUCAUCGACCUGUUCUGAAGGAAUUGCCUGCGACAAACCAGACACAUCACCACACAUUUCACCAGAGUCAACAGGCCCGCCAGUGGACAAAGCCUGUUGAGGAGUUGUCUCAGCUUUUCACUGCAGAGAUGGCUCCACAGCCUGUGACAGCCCCUGAAUCCCAGUCUGAACAGCCACCCCAGGGGAAGGAAGGAACAAAGUUUGAAGUUCCUGGCUGGUGUAAGGAGGAAGAAAGAAUUCCCCCAGUGUACAAACAAGUGCUAGAGGCAGCCAUGGUGAAUGGACAAAUUGCUACAGAACGUCUAUACCCUAUCUUGUUGAUGAGUGGAUUGUCCAAGGAAACACUUGGUCAGAUUUGGAAUCUAGCCAACAGAACAACACCUGGCCAGCUCAUUAAGGAGGAGUUGUACCUGUUAUUGGCGCUUAUUGCUUUUGCUCAGAACAACUACCAGGCCCUGACAAUGGACAUGCUCAACAAUCUCCCACAGCCUCCCAUUCCUUUCCUAGGACAGCAGGGACAAGGUUCUUCAGGACCAGUUGGUCAGCAAGGUCAUGGUCAUGCAGAUCAGGGCACCCCAACCCUUCAAGGUCAUGGUCUUCAGGGUCAGCAAGGACAAGGCACUCAAUGUCCUCAGGGUCAUAGCCUGCAAGGUCAACAAGUUCAAAGUCAUUCUGGUCAACAAGGGCAUGGAAUUCAAGGUCAUUCAAGUCACUGUGUUGCAUUACCCCCUGCAUCACUUUCUCAACAGACAGGACCUUCUUCCAUUAUCCAAACAGGUGCUCCAUUACAACCAGCCACCCACGUACCAGCAUCACAGCCUGGUUUAGGAGUUACAGCAGGGACCAUGGAGGCUUUUGCCCCAGGUGGUGAUGAUGAUUUUGCUGAUUUUCAGACUGCUGGGCUACCAGAAACACCCGUAUCAGACUUACCCAAACAACCAAUCAAGCACAAAAAGAAACCUGAAGUUGAAUACCUAUACGAGGUUCCCCCUGAGGCUGAAAAGAUGGCGGGACCAGUGACGUCAGAAAUGGCCUACUCUAAUGUACAGAACUUUUUUGGAAGUGAUGACUCUUCAGGUCCAUCAACACCAAACAGUCUUGAGGCAGAUUUUGAUGACUUCAAGUCUGCAGACAGCAAGCCAAGUGACAGUAGCCAGUUUUCUUCAGAACAAUCAGAAAAUGAGGACUUUAAAGUGUUUGAGUCUUACCUGGAGGAUUUUGAACGACGAAAACAGAAGCAGCAAGAGAGUCCGCUUCAUCGUCCUGUGUCCAAGUCCUCACUUCCUCUACCCAGCAUGCCUUCCACUGCAGUUCCCACGGCUAUCCCUGCUAUUCGUAACCUGUGGACAAAGCCUCAUGUAGAAGCUACAGUCACCAAUGUUUCCUCUAAACCAUUACAGAGUUCACAGUUCCACACACCAGAUCUUGUAGUGGCUGACUCCACUGACAAAUCAGACACACAGUUUGGAAACUCUCCCACCAAAUCAUCAGAUUCUGAUUUCGCUGAUUUCCAGCAAGCACCUGUCACAGGAAACUUCUCUAAAUCCGCUGUUUCAAAGAUUGCUGCAGAUCAUGAUCACCUGAAAGCUUCAGGAAGUGAUGUCAGCUUAACACUGAUGGGUGAGGAAGACAAAUAUGCUGCAUUGAGAACUUUAGACUUUGGAUCAGAAUUAAGUACAGGAAAUGACACAGUUGUAGCAGAUGGACCUAACCCUCCUCAAGACAGUGCUGAAGACAAUGAAAACUGGGCAGAUUUUCAAGGAGUUGGAUUAGAUGAGGCAUCACAAGCUGAACCAGUAGGGACUGAUGUGACUGGUGCUGAUUCAGGAAAGGAAAGUAUUUUAAGUCUGUUCAGUAGUGCUCCUACCGUUAUAUCAACUGUCAACAAUAAUCCAAUUGAUGCUACCGAUGUAAGUGUCAAACCAUUGCCAAUGGACAGUAACACAGAUUCUGAUUGGUCAGGUUUUGGUGAAAAUUCUAAGACAAGUACAGAUGUUGGCUCUGGUUGGUCAGCAUUUUCAGCAGGCAGUACAGGGAGUGGUUCUGGGUUCUUGGAACCUACUUCGGCAUUUGAACAAAAAGAAGAAAAUGAUGACUGGGCAGAUUUUCAAGGUUCCGAGACAGUUGAUAGUGUUGUCAUAGAAACCAGCCAAAGUGAAGAUAAAGUCGUUGUCAAGAAAGAAGGGCUACGCUCAGAGGAAAUUCUUGGUCUAUUUAAGGUCAGAGAACCACAAGAAUUACCUACAGACCUUAAAUUAGUGUAUACACAGAACACAGUUGUUAACACAGAAUGGAAUCAGCAGGUGUCAGAAUCUACUAACACAUAUCUUGAUGAAGAACAAACUUUGGAAGCAAAGAAAAUAUUUUCUCCAACAGCGAAGCGUCUCCCAUCACUUGGUCCUGAUGAUGAAGAAGAUUCCUUGAGAGUACCGCCUCCUAUGGAUGACGAUCACGGUGAUGAAGACUUUGGUGAGUUCAGUCGUGGAUAUGAGGAUAUGGAGGACUACCAUCAGCCGCAAAAUAUAGUGGAUGACAGUAGAAGGAAAUAUCCUGGUAUGGGUGUUGUGUCCAAACCAGUGGUCAAGGAGUCUAAAAAGCCAACAACUGCUCAGUCCAGGUAUGCAGAUAUAAUGAUGCUUGACCAAUCAGAUGUGGAUCAAAGUGCCCCCAAGGACACAAUUGACUUUAGUCAGGACCGCUUGUCCAUUACAAAGAGUGAAGACUCCCAGUCAAUAUCCAGUCUAGAGCUGCCAUUCUCUAAAAGUCGACUACAGAAUGUCCUUGACCAGGAUGCACAAUCUAUAUCUAGUAACGAGUAUGGAAACUUUGAAACUGUCACACAAAGGAAAAUUGGAACUCCGGUCAAUGCAGAGUCCAAGUCUGUAGACAGUUUGGAUCUGAUUAAAGAUGAAGGUAGUGGUGAUAGCAAUGAAGGUCAAGGUUCAGGGGAUCAGUCAAGAGAGCCCAGUCCAGAGAAGGGGGCGGAGCUCAGUGCUGUGGAUAGGGCAGAUAUAGACAACACUGUCAACAUUAGCGAUACAUACCAAGCAUCAAUGCAGAAUCCUUUACCAGUCCUUGGCGACAGAUACAGUAAUAUUCUACAAGAUAUCCCGGGGAGUGACAAACACUCAUACGAAUGGCAGCGUUGCCUUGACAACAGUUAUCGGAUGAUCAAGGAUGCUAACAACAUCUUUAACUCCAUCAGUAGUUCGGUAGUGUGUAAUGAAGUUCUGAAAUCUGAGCAGGGAUCAGAAUAUGUGGAGGGUGUCGUUGAAAUAUUCAGGGUUGUCUGUCGUAUCACUACAGCAAUGAAAACACAAGGUUUAGCCACAGAUAAACUCAAUCAACUUCUGAAGGACAUUGACCUUUCCUGGAACAACCUGACAGCUUUCCUUGUCGGAGGUAAUCUCAUGCCGGAUGACAACUCUCUACGUUUCAACAAUGCCGUUUUGAAGUCAGAUGACUCCCUGUCUCAAAGAAGGGCUUGUGGUGUGUGUCUCUUGGACGUGGAUGUGCCUAGUAAAAACUUCAGUCGCGAGAAUGACUGUCCCAAAUUGACAUAUGGUGGACGUCAGUAUCAUGCAGCUUGUGCUAACUUCUGGGUGAACUGUGUAGACUCUACUUUACCAGCUUUAAAACUGCCAGAACUAUUGUGAAUGAGUUGAAAUUAGGAUUAUGUUAUUCUAACAACUAGGUACUGUUAUUUCUGGAAAAGUCUAAAGUAUAUUUAUUUUGUGUAAUGAUUUCAAUAUGUAAUUUUAGUUCCAACUUUGAAAUGGUUGGCCCUAACUUAAUGACUUUACUUUCAAUAGAAUGAAGAGGACACAGAAACAAUCACUGUUUUGUACUUGGGGUUUGAUAUUUUUUUUUAAUAGUCUAUCCUGUAACAGCGUGUCCUUUUCAAAUCUUGAAGUGAUUGGAACAUAUGGCUGUGAUUCUCCUGAUAUGAUUUACUAUAAAUAGAUCUGAAUUAAGAGGCUCCAUGUCUAACAUAUGACCUUGACAUCUAAAACUCUAAUUAUCAACGAAUGAUAACUUGCUGGUUGCUCUAUCCAUUCUCAUAUUUUUAAUAUGAUUUCUUUUAACUAAAAAUUCUUGACAUUGAAGAAAACCACAUAAAUCAAGAUUUGAAUGACAUGAUUGUAAUUGAUUUGAUAUUACAAUGUAAUCAUAUUAUCGAGAUAUCAGAACAUUGACACAGAUUUGGUUUAUAAUGGACAAGUUGUCGGUAUGUUCAGCUGUGUGAUGUUUUGCCAGAUAUGAAACUGUGCUGAAUUCAGGAAUGAAUCUUGUGCUGUUAAUCUUAUUGUAAGGAGGUAAUUCAGGUUGAAUUUUACUCAAUUGGAUUUGUCACUCUAUGUAGUUAACAGAGCAAAAUUUAGUGCCGAUAUAUGAAUGAAACUCUUGUUGAUUAAUGAUAAUAGGAGCUUUAAGAGUCUUGAUACAAUUACUAGACGUUGAAAGCCUUUUACACAAAAUUACGUUGUCAGUCUUGAUCAUAAUGAUAAAUGGAGCUUUAGGAGUCUUAAUACAAUUACAACUGUGGAAUUGCACAACAUUCUACAAUGUAUGAACACUUCGUGCACAAUAGGAAAACUAGAUGAAACCAGAUAUUGCACAUCUGUGGGCAUAAAUGUACAAUUCUAAUGUGGUUGAUAUAAAUUUAGAAAUGACUUAUAGAUAAGAGUGGAAUAGGUUUGAUGUAUUUUCAAAAUAUAUAAGAGUACAGGUAAGUAUAUUAGGUACAGACUGAAUAGAUAUAUAGACUUAUAUACCAGUAUGUAAUUUCAUGUGCUUUGCUUACAAAGUGGCACAUGUGACCAGUCUGACAUUAAAUGACGUCUCUUUUUGUCUCAGCAAUGAAUCAUCUAUAAUGUUAUACAGUCAGAAAAGAAAUGUUAUUUUGGAAACUGUCAAAUUAAAAAUUAUCAAUAUAAUCAGAGGUUACUCUUUAAUAUGCCUUCAGUGUUGCUAUUUAGUCAUAACUGCAGGAGUUUUUCCAUUAAAUUUCCAAUCUAUAAUAUUCGUCAAUCAUGAUAACCAAAUCGCACAAAAUGUGCAGUCCUGUUGCACAGUUGCCCGCUGGUUAGAUAAAGCACCAUCCUCAAUACUCCAGGGGUUAUGGUCACUUUUGCUCUCUGCACCACUGGAAUAUGUCAUAGCAAAAUUAAUGGUUCCGUGUGCGACACUUUGUGGAUCCUUUGAUGUACAUCAAACUAAUCUCGGGGUCGCAUAAUGGUAUAUUGUAAUGGCUUUGAAGUUGGCCGUCGUUCCGAUGUAAUCUUCAAAAAGGAUAUCAGCCUGGGAUUAGUGAAAUUUUCAUCCUUGAACCAAUGAAAUUACUUCAUUUGUACCUUGAAUUGUGCCAGGACAUAUUCCAGGGGUGCAGAGAGUUAAUGUGAUGGUAACCCCAGGAGUAUCAAGGAUGGUAUAGUGUGCAUGUCUGGACAAAGUUUUUGGUGCACUGUAUGUUACCACAGUACUAAAUAGUGGAACUAGUCUACCUAAAAUUAUAGUCUGGCCUGUUCACUAUUUCCAAUAAAUAUUUCUUAAUACAGCUAGUGAUUUAAUGAUAAAUGUGUCAUUACAAAACAAUCUGAAUUACGUUACAUUUGAUAAAUGUUAUUUCUUAAACUGUCAAUACUUUGUUAUUUCAACAAAAACCAUUCAUAUAUGUCUGUAUAGCUACUGUGUAUAAUAGUUACAUUUGUACAUGGUUUGAAGUUAGACACAUAUUCUAAGUACAUGCAGUGUUAACCAGCUUCUAAAAUUCAUGAGCAAAUGUAACAGACAUAAUUAGAUAGUUUAAUUGAGUUUAACUUAUGGAUGUUGAAGUAUUUAUAAUAUGAUUUUGAUUGGUAAGCAUUUACCAAGUAGAUAAAUUAUCUUAUAAAUCAACACAACUGACUUAGCAUUACAACAUCUUCCUAAAUUUGAUGAGAAGUUUCAGAGAAGAUUUUUAAUGUCAUGAAAAUUUUGGUGAAUCAUUCUUCCUUGUGUUUGCUUUAAAUUUCUGAUAUGAUACAGUAGUAUUACCUGUCCUUCACAAAUACACUUGUUGUGAGAGGUUUGAUGUUUUCAGAAAGGGCCAUUGAUUUGUUUUUAUGUUUAAGUUUUUUGUUCUGAUGUCUAUUAACUUUUUCCUUAAAACUAAUUUUCAAAAUGAAAGAAUUGAUAAAUAUAUAUGUCAAUAUUUUUGAAAAUGUGUUUGUUUAAUCCUAGGAGGUGUAACUGUCAAUGUGUUGUUUUAUUACGUUACAAAUAGAAAAGCAUUGGCUUAAACAACUUGUUUCAUAAAGACAUCAACAAAUUUUAACUGCCCAUUAUAAUGUUUGCUUUUCUUCUUUUUUUCUUCUUCAUAUUACUUACUUGUACAGACCAAGAGGUUUCUCAUUUUCUCUCACCUUGUAAAAGACGUUUUAUAAAGAUUUGUCUUUUCUUCUUUUGUAAUUUAUGUUGUUUUCAAUCUUGUCUGUUUAGUCUGUUUAGGGGAAUAGCUACCAGUGUAAAAAAUCAGUGCAAUAUUUUGUGGUGUAGACAUAUGUGGUUUAAGAUGAAGAGACUGUUAUGUAACUGUUAAGAUUGACAUUCCUUUGUACUGUUUACCAGUAAAAAGUAUGUAUACACAGAUCAUUAAAGAAUAAAUUUGUUAAAUAUGUCA